GUAGUACAUAUAUUAAUAAUUAUGGCAUCAUCUAGAGAUAAAAAGAUUGCUACUAAAAACAUUCAAACUCUUAAGGAACUUCAUUUGAUUUCGCUUGGAAUUAACCUUUUGGUUUUGAUUGCUUUGUUUGUAUUCAAACGUCCCACAUCAAAAUUAUCAUACAUUAUUUUAUCAAUUCCAGCAUUUUUUGGUCAAUAUACACUUGAAAAAAGUGGACGUCCAAAAUAUGGAAGAGAUUCAACCGGAAAUGAAAAACUUUUGUCUUCUGGUGAUGACAUUAAACAUGAAGGUUUAUACGAAUACAUGUUUGAUGUCGUCUAUAUCACAUGGAUCAUUGAUAUUUUGAUGGUCAUUUUCGGUACUAAUUAUGUAUGGUGGUUAUAUAGUGUUAUUCCAGGUUUUGCCUCGUAUAAAGUUUUUGGGUUUGUUAAACCAUACCUUUUCAAAGGCUCUGGAUCUGCUCCAAAAUCCGAAGCUGGAGUACAAACCAAUGGUGAAUCCAAGAAGGAUACCUUGAGUAAGAGACAAGCAAAGUUACAAGCUCGUGGUGAGAAGCAAAAGGUUAGAUAUAGAUAGAGUGUUUGUGUAAAUAUAUAUGUAUGGAUAGCCGAAAAACAAAACACAUUCUUGCAGCCAAAUCCAUUAAUAAAUUAAUAAUAAACCAAAAGGCUACUACCCUAUGAUUAUUGUAUAUCUAU